UAAAUAAAACUAUCCCAAAAUUUGAAAAGGAGAGAGAGAGAGAGCGUACAUUAGCAGUAUCAUCAGCAGAUUAGAGAGAGAGAGAGAGAGAGAGUACAUCAUCCUCCUUCCGCCGCUGCUGCUACAGAGAUUACAGAUAUGGAAGCUGAGAAGCAAAUCUCCAUGAGAGAAGCAUGGUUCUGCACCACAGGUCUGCCGAGUGACAUUGUAAUCCAACUCGACGACAUGACCUUCCAUCUUCACAAGUUUCCUCUCAUUUCGAGGAGCAGAAAGCUACAUCACCUUAUAUCUGAACAAGAAUCGAUUUCCGCUAAGGUAGAAAAAUGCGAACACGCAGGGGACAACGGAGGAAUAGAAGACAAUGAUGAUGAUGAUAAUGAGGACACAGAAGAAGAAGAUGAAGAAGAACGUUGCAGUUACAUCACGCUACCGGAUUUCCCUGGAGGUUCAGAGGCCUUCGAGGUUGCUAUCAAGUUCUGUUACGGCGUCAAAACCGAUCUCUCUUCAUCCAACGUCGUUCUUCUACGAUGCGCUGGAGAAUUCCUGGAAAUGACUGAUGAAUACUCGGAGGACAAUCUCAUUUCCAAAACGGAACAGUUUCUUUCCCAAUCUGUCUUCAAGAGUGUCAAGGAAUCGAUUAAGGCACUGAAAUCAUGUGAAAGAAUGUUACCAAUGGCGGAGGAUCUCGGUGUUGUACAUAGAUGUAUAGAAUCUAUUUCCAUUAGAGCUUCUGCUUCUGAUCCGUCUCUAUUUGGUUGGCCGGUGAACGAAACCGGUGUUCAUCGGAAAUCUACCGGUAAAUCUGUAGGCACUAGUAGUUGGUUCGGCGAAUUAGUCCUUCUCAGUCUUCCAUUUUUCAAACGCCUAAUACUGUCAAUGAAAUCGCGAGAUCUGAGUCCAGAGGUUAUAGAGAACAGUCUCCUUCAUUACGCAAAGAAACAUAUUCCAGGUAUCAAUCGAAAACAAUCAUCAUCAUCAUCAUCAAUACCAUCAGAGAAUGAACAGAGAGAGAUCCUAGAGACUAUAGUUACGAAUCUUCCCCCCUUAGAAAAUGGCUCGAAAUCACAAAACGUGACCAGAGUCCUUUUCGGAUUGCUGAGGACGGCGAACAUAUUGAAAUCAGAAGCCUGCAAAUCUGCAUUGGAGAGGAAGAUAGGUUCGCAGCUGGAUCAUGCCACGCUUGACGAUCUUCUAAUACCUAGCUAUUCAUAUCUAAACGAGACGCUAUACGACGUUGAAUGUGUGGAGAGGAUCUUGAGGUUCUUCUUGGGGGAAGAUGAACACAACGGAUCACGGCUAAUGCUAGUUGGUAAAUUGAUCGACGGUUACUUAUCAGAAAUUGCUUCAGAUGCGAAUCUGAAACCAGAGAAAUUCUAUCAGCUUGCUGUUGCCCUUCCAGAUCACGCAAGACAAUUCGAUGACGGUCUAUAUCGAUCAGUAGAUGUAUAUCUGAAGGCGCAUCCAUGGUUGAUAGAAUCGGAUCGCGAGAAGAUCUGUGGAGUAAUGAACUGCCAGAAACUAACGCUGGAAGCCUGCACACAUGCAGCGCAGAAUGAGCGGCUGCCACUUCGUUCGGUAGUGCAGGUAUUGUUCUUCGAACAGCUCCAGCUACGGGAGGCAAUUGCUGGAAGUCUGGUUUCAGAAGAUACAGGUUCGAUAGAUGUUCCACAAAUCUGUAAUCUCCGGUCGGUAGACAUGGAGAGCAUGAGGUCGAGAGUGCAGGAACUUGAAAGAGAAUGCUGUUCGAUGAAGGAGGUGAUAGAGAAGAGCAUCGACAAAUCGGUGGCGAACGGUGGCGAGGAUGGUUCGCGCGGGGGUGUAGGAUGGAAGAAGUCGUUGGAAAAGAAAUUUGGGUGUAGAUUGAAGAUGCAGGUUUGUGAUUCACAUGAAUCAACGGUUGUUGAGACUCGAGGGAAAGGAGGGAACCGCCAUCGUCGACGAUAGACCUCCUACUCCUUGCGGUUUUAUUUAUUCUUUUGCUUUGCAUGCAAGUUUUAUUAUUAUGCUAUUUCAAUAUUGUUAGUAUAGAUUUCUAAGUAGGGAUGUAAAUCAACAUCUGUUUGCUAUCUUUUUGAAUCUAUGGUAAAACCUUGUUCGUGCUCGUUUGUUAGUCUUAACAAUCCUAUUCGACUUGUU